AUGAGUGAUCACUCUUAAUUAUUUUAUAAUAAAGAUGACAAUACAGAUGACUUAUUGUUAUCAUAAUUUUCAUAUGAAUCAUAAUUCAGAAGCUAGGAAUCAUUACCUUAAAGAAAGAAAAGAUAAAAUUAAUAAGCAAAAUAAAAUUAGGUGAUUCAAGAAGAAAAUUCGAAUUCAUAUAUAAUUGAAGAUUAAUAACAAUCCUAUUUAAAAUCUUAAUAGGAAUCUAAGGAGGUUCAGCUAUUAAAAUUGGCUUCUCAUUUGAGAUAACUCUUAUAAAAAUAACAAUAAGAAUUUUAUGAAAAGGAACUUGGUUUUCAAUAAAAAUUAUUAACUGUAUAAUAACAACAUGAUAGCAUGAUUUCAUUAAUGAAAACUAAAUAUCAAAUUAUUAUAGAAGAACUUUAAUAAAAACUAUCAAUGUAACAAACAGAAAAUACAAAUUUGAAAUAAUAAAUAUUCUAACUAUAAGAGUAAUAACAGAAUUAAGUAACUUAAAGAAUGAAUAAGUAAAGUGGAACUGAAACAAAUAAAGAUACUAAUUGUUUUUUUACACAAAGAUAAACUCAUUAGAAUUCAAAAUAAAAUGAUUACUAUUAACCAGAACAUGAUGAAGAUAAAUUACUUUUAUUAUAUAAAUAAGAAAUAGAUAAAGUAAAAUAAUAGACAGCAGAAUUUGAAAGAAAGUUUUAGAAUGAAAAAUAAUCUAUAAAACAAGAAAUUAGUGCAUUAAGAAAUUAAAAACUUAUGCUUUAGACAUUAAUUACAAAUAAAUAAGUAACAAAUCAAAGUACAGAUAAACCUUAUUCUCAAGGUAUGAAUUCUGAACAUAAAACUAAUAAAUCUAAAAGAGAUAGUUAAUCUAGAGCUUACAGUCAUAUUUCUAAAAAGUCUUUUGAUUUUUGA